AUGGAACAAGCGUCUCUGCUCAGCUUUGUUUUCCUGCUGCGCGUUGCUCUGGUGGUGUGUCGUUGCCCUCUGCAGUGUGUUUGCCCCCCCAGCCCACCCCAUUGUGCUCCCGGGGUCAGCAUGGUGCCUGAUGGCUGCGGGUGCUGCAAAGUCUGUGCCAGGCAGCUGAACGACGACUGCAGCAAGCACUGGCCAUGUGACCCCCACAGGGGGCUGGAAUGCAACUUUGGGGCGGACCCCUUGGCCAGCAAGGGCAUCUGUCGGGCCAAACAGGAAGGCCGGACAUGCGAAUACAACGGGCGGAUCUACCAGAACGGUGAGAACUUCCAGCCCAGCUGCAAGCACCAGUGCAGCUGCAUCGAUGGUGCCGUGGGCUGCCUGCCCCUCUGCCCCCUGGAGCUGCCCCUGGCCUCCCUCAGCUGCCCUGACUCACAGCUGCUCAAGGUGCCUGGACAGUGCUGCAAGAAGUUUGUGUGCGGCAAGGGGGCCAAGAGGUUUGGGGAGGUCUCCUUUGAGGGCGGGGAGACCAAAAGCAACGAGCUCAUCUAUGUGGGCAAGGACCGGCACUGGAAGAACAUGCCGGCCUGGCCACCUCUGUUCAAGGCCCAUUCUGUGCUGAGGAAAUGCCUAACCCAGACCACGGACUGGUCUCCUUGCUCCAAGACCUGUGGCCUAGGUGCCUCCACCCGGGUCACCAACAACAACCCCCAGUGCAAGCUGGCCAAGGAGACGCAGCUGUGUCAGAUCCGACCCUGUGGCCAGCCUGACUUCACCAAGCUGAAGAAGGGCAGGAAGUGUCUCCGGACCCACAAGGCGCAGGAGCCGGUGCAUUAUACCUACGCCGGCUGCAAGAGCCUUCGCAAGUACCAGCCCAGCUACUGUGGCUCAUGCCUGGACGGGCGCUGCUGCGUGCCCCUGCACACCCGCACCCUGGCUGUGCCCUUCCGCUGCCCUGACGGGGACUCCUUCAUGCGCAGCGUCAUGGUGAUCCACUCGUGCCAGUGCGGGCCAGCCCACUGCCAGCCCCUCAACGAGGCUGCCAUGCACCCCCAGCACCGGCUAGAUGGAGACACGCACAAGUUCCUGGAGUGA